CAACAGAAGUUGUCGCUAGAAUGCGCUGGUGGCAUUUAUGAGCAAAAUAGUUUUUAUCCGGGAAGGAUUUGAGUGGUGUUUUUUUUCUUGUGAAUAAAACUCCUACAGAUAGUGUGUACAAAAAGUAUUCCAAGAAAGUGUAUAAACCGUGAAAAUGAUAAAGGGAGAAGAGAGUUUCCCAGUGGAACACAAUAUAAAUGGACUUGGUGAUCUUAGGGAUACAGAAAAUGGACGCGUAGAACAUGACUGGAGACCUCCGGGCCCACCAAAGAAGAGUCCUGUGCAUAAAACCGGCUGGAAUGUCAUUGAAAUCUCGAGUUCGAGUGAAAAUGAAGAGGAGACAGGGUCCUUGCUGAGUCCUUCGCCAAAUGGCCUAGAAAAUGGAGAGAGCACAGGAAAGUCUCCCGUGGAGUGCUGGACUGUGCAGAGCGACAGGCCUAACAAUAUGCUGAGACGAGAUUAUGGGAAAAAGACGCCCUACCGGAUAUUUCAGGUACCGGCUUCACCCAAGGCCACAACAGCGGGAAAAGAAGAAUUUUAUAACUACUUGGGCAUCUCGUCAAAGCCCUUAUUCACCAAGGCAGUGGAUUUGGGUGAAGACUUUCUCAAUAGACGCUCCCUCAGAGUGUGCUUUAGGAAGAAGUGGAAGGAGCAUCGAGCAAAGAUGACAGAGUUGGAAAAGGCACCUCAGUUGAUCACACAGGGAGCCCUGGUUUGUCCUGUGACUGCCAAAGAUGCCAUCAAUUCAUCACCCAAUAUCUCUCCUAGCAUCAUAGAAACAAAUGGGACGACAAUUAAGGAUCGUCGGAAUUAUAUUCAAAUUACAGCAUCGGAUGAGGAAGAGAGUUCGGAGGUGAAGCAUAAAGUGUACGAUCUCAGUCAUCAGCCACUCAAUGGAGAGGUGAUUUCCAAAGGGUGUAAAAGUAUUAGUGAAAAGACUGUGAAGAGGGAAAGGGAUAAGAGUAGGAAGAGUUUGCGGAAGAGUCGAAAGAGAAUUCAUAAGAAGAUCUUUAAGCCCACCUAUACAUACUACAUACGCUCCUCCCUGCCAAAUGGGGUCCUGAGGAGUGGAAAGGUCCGUGAUACAGAUAGGAAUUUUCUUAAGAGACUUCAGAAACGCUACAAAAAGAACAAACAGGAACAAUCUGCCAAAUCUGUCAGGGUUAAGGAUACAGUCAAAUCUGCGGAGGUUAUUGUCCUUACGGAUGAUGAUGAUCCCGUGGAGAUUGUUCAGACGGUCAAGACACCAGAGAAGCCAAAGCAGAAAGUCUUGGAUGAGGCUCUGGGGCAUGUUCAGGGUGUUCAUCUAUUUUGGCCGUCCCUGUUGAUCCUCCAGAUGGAUGUGGUGUCCUUCUGGACGUGCUCAGAGAUUACCAGCAUUCUCACUAACCAGCAGAAUUGGACGAAAGUCGGUGAGGUCAGGAGGAACAAUAAGGAUAUUGACAUUCCGGCUGUCAUUGGCAAGAGAAUCUUUCACACGGAUAACUUUGGGUGUGUCUUUAUAGAGAUGAGGGGAAAGGUGCUGCCGAGGAUUGCACGCCAAGAGACUGACUACUCAGCCACCUAUGCCAAUGUUCACUACCUGAAGAAUGGCGAAGGUAUCAUUCGAUCAAUCGCCCUGGACAGAGUUUGUGGGAUGCCAAAGGAUAUGUGCUAUACAAUCCUGCCGGAUUCAUUGUCUUUUAUUGUGACAUGGUAUGAGCAGGCGACAUCGACAAAGAGACGCACGGGUAUCUGUCGGUAUUCACUGACGCCGGAUUUGGAGACUUUGGCUAGCAUUUGGGAUUUUAAUUCUGUGGACAAUCGCGUGCGAUCGUUGACUGUGGCUUCGGAGCAGAGGGUGAUUGGAGUAGGGGAUCAGAAUGUGAGCAUUUGGAACUGCAGCAAUGGCAAUUUGCUGACGUCUAUUGAUCUCGCGAUGGAUUUGGGGGACAAUUUGUUUACGUAUUUGGUGCAGGAGAAUAGGAUGAGAUAUCUUAUUCUCACGCAACUCUACAGCAACACCAUUAAGACUGUGGCCAUAAAUUUGCUGGAUUUCCAGUAUGUCAUCCUGCAUAUGCAUGAAAAUGUCAAUCUGGCCAUUGAUUCACUGAGAAGUUCAACGGUGACCAAUGGAAUGUUUGUGGCAUCUUUUACAACAAGAGAAAUUCUAAUGCUCAAAGCGCAUCAGAGUACAUUUCUGCGGCGUAAGAUGGUGGACAAGGACACCAAUAUCUUCAUCAAUGGGGAAUUUAUUGUAGAGAUUAACGACAAGAUUGCAAUUAGAAGUCUUCUGGAUUUUUUAACGUAGUAAACAGUUGAAUUUUAGCCAAUUUCAACGUCUUAUAUAUUUUUCCUUCGAGGAGAAAGAUGUUAAAUAUAUAUAUAUAUUAUGUUCAAAAAAGGAUACCAUAAGAAAAAAAAUUGUACUGGAAUAUUUCUUCUUCAAUUGAAAUGUGAAGAAAGGAGUAUACUGAAUUUUAAAAUUAAAUGCUUGAAAUGAAAA